AUGCUGUUUCCGCAAGAGGACACGGAGGCCGUCAAGCAGUGGCUCAUUACUGAGCUCGAGCCAUUGUGUGACGCCGAUCCCGAUGUGCUCGCCGACUAUGUGCUCGCCCUGUUCAAAUACGAUACCAGCGAGACGGAGCUGCUGUCGAUGAUGAAUGAGCAGCUCGUCGACUUCUUGGAGGGUGCGACAGAGGAGUUCGUCAACAAGGCAUACCAAACGCUCAAGUCGGGCGCAUACCGCGAGACACGCAAGCGCGAUGCCGAGGACGAAGACGCAGAGUUUGAGGACGCGGAACUGCCGGCCAAGCGCCAGGCGUACGCGUUCGGCGACCAAGCCGCCAACGAGAACAUUGCGGAAGAGAUGCCCGAGAACCCCGAGGGCAUGCCGAUGAGCGACGCACCGCAGGCGCGCGCGCGCAAGAACCCGCGCCAGGCGGUUCCGAAAGGCUGGUGCCGUGACUACCACACGAUGGGCUACUGCUCGCGGGGCAGCAACUGCAAGUUCCACCACUCGGACGACAGCAUUGUAGGCCCUGUUCCUCCUGGCUUCCCGAUGGGCGGCGCGCUUCCGCCGCCCGAUGUCCCGUGGACGCCGGAGCAAAUGCAGAUGGCCAUGGACCAGAUGCAGCAGAUGGUCGCGUCUGGCCAGCUGCCGGAAGGCAUGCCGAUGCCUCCCAUGAUGCCGCCGAUGCCGCCGAUGCGCGGCAGCGGUCGUGGCCUGCGUGGCCGUGGCCGUGGCCGCGGCGGCCGUGCGGGCUUUAUGGGACACGGCCCGGCGCCUGUGCGCAGCCAAGACACGCUGGUGAUUGAAAAUAUACCCUCGGAGCACCUGGAUCUGGCGCAUGUGAACGACUACUUUAAGCGGUUCGGCACGAUUACCAACAUUGACGUCGACACGCCGAAUUCCAAGGCGAUGGUAAGCUAUGCGACGCCCGACGAGGCCGACGCGGCGCACAAGAACCCCGACGUGAUCUUUGGCAACCGUUUCGUCAAGGUGUACUUCCAGCGCCUGGAGCCGGAGCGCCCGAUGAAGCCGCUGCCCUCGAAGCCGAACUACAUGACGGACAAGGGCUCGAACGUGUACAUUGCGCCGGAGCUGCGCAAUGCCGACGCUCCCAAGCCCGCGCCGACACCUAUCGACAUCGAGAAGCGCAAGCUGCUCGAGUUGCGCAAGAAAAAACAGACGCUACUCAACAUGCAGCUCUCCGAGCAAAAAUCCCUGCUGGAGAAGCUCGAAAACAAGGACCUCACGCCGCAAGGACGCAAGAGCAUUAUGGCCAUGCUGGAGAAGCUCUCGACCGAGAUCAAGUCUGCGACCGAGAUGCUGAAGAAGGACAUGCAGCCGACGCAGGCGAUGGAAACCGACGCGCCCAGCGACACGCAAAAAGCCACCACCGAGGAGCUCCAAGCGAAGCUCGCGUCGCUGCGCCAAGAGGCCGCCUCGCUGGGUCUCGACGCGUCCGGCAACGCGCGCGGUUUCCGUGGCCGUGGCCGCGGGCGUGGUGCGCCGUCGUUCCGUGGCCGGGGCGGCGCGUUUAACCGCUCGCUCACCCUCGACAACCGCACGACGCGUGUCGGCAUCUCGCAGCUGCCGUCGGACUAUGACGCGUCGAAGCUCAAGGCGUACCUCGAGCGCUUUGGCGAGCUCCAGUCCCUCGACCACGACCAGGGCCAGCUGGUGGCUAACUACAAGACGCGGGCGAGUGGCGAGCAGGUCUUCCGCAACGGCCCCGCCAUUCCCGACGUCGGCGAGGUCCAGCUGAGCUGGGUCGAGCCGUCACCCGUGUCGGUCCCCAGUCAAGAGGCGCUGGAGCAAGCGCACCUCGACGCGGAUGCCGAGCGCGAGAACUGGAAGCGCUAG